AUGGCGGCACGGAGGAACGAUGGCGGCGGCGCCCCGAUACUAGAUACGGCGCAUCGAGGCGACGAGCGAGCGGUCAAGGUCCUCAAGGUCCUCAAGGUCCCCAAGAUCCGACGGCGCGCACGGCCAAACACCACUGACUUGCAAGUAGCGAGUGCUCAAGUACGCGAGUACCCGGGGACCUUGCCUCGCCGUGCGCGCCAGCCUACCGGGCUGCGUACUCUGUACACGCGCAAAUUCGAAAGUGCCAAGUGUCUGCGUGCCCGUCCUCCCGAGCCCCACGGUCCCCCCUCUCCUCUUCCCCGGCAAUGGCAAUGUUCACGCCUCAUCACCAGCCAACGUGCGCGGCUGCCCAUUCACGUCCUACAUGGCCGUUCCAUCAUCUCAUAG